GAGCCCGGCUGGGACACCAGCUGGAGUGAGUGGAGAGAGACACACUCCGUUCCGGGCCCUGGAUCCAUCCCUCCAGGAUCCCAGCUGCCAGAGCUCGCCUCCCCUCUGACGCACUUUAAAGAGUCUCCCCCUUUCAACCUCCAGGCGAGUAAUAGCGACCAAUCAUCAAGCCAUUUACCAGGCUUCAGAGGAAGCUGUUUAUGUGAUCCCAGCACUAAUUAGGCUCAUGAACUAACAAAUCGUUUGCACAACUUGUGAAGGGACCGAUCACAUCCAUGGAUUGUCUUUGGACGUAGAGUAGCCGCCUUCCGCAGGAGGGAAACUUCUCCAGGCAACUUUUUUGGUGUGUGUGUGUGUGUGUGUGUGUGUGUCUCUCUCUCUCUCCCUUUUGGGUGCCGCUUGCCGCCGCCUCCUCUCCACCAGCCCCUGUCUAUUUAUGUGUGUAUCUAGCCCUCCUGAAGUCACUCCCCGCUGCAAACUUCCCCGGCUCCGGGCGGACUUGGGGGGCUGCGGAGCCCGCUCCUCGUGCACCAGAGGCAGACAGAGCUUUGGCCGGGGGACUCCAGCUGCCGCAGCAUGUUCCAGCCCACACCCAAGCGGUGUUUCACCAUCGAGUCGCUGGUGGCCAAGGACAGCCCCUUGCCCGCGUCUCGCUCCGAGGACCCUAUCCGGCCGGCGGCGCUCAGCUAUGCCAACUCCAGCCCGAUGAACCCUUUCCUCAACGGCUUCCACUCCACCGGCAGAGGGGUCUACUCCAACCCGGACUUGGUCUUUGCGGAGGCCGUCUCGCACCCGCCUAACCCGGCGGUGCCGGUGCACCCCGUCCCGCCUCCCCACGCCUUGGCCGCCCACCCACUGCCUUCCUCUCACUCCCCGCACCCGCUGUUUGCCUCGCAGCAAAGGGACCCUUCCACUUUCUACCCCUGGCUAAUACACAGAUACCGAUAUCUGGGCCACCGGUUCCAAGGGAAUGAAACCAGCCCAGAGAGCUUCCUCUUGCACAAUGCACUGGCCAGGAAACCCAAACGGAUUCGUACAGCUUUCUCGCCAUCCCAGUUACUGAGACUUGAGCAUGCUUUUGAAAAGAAUCACUACGUAGUAGGAGCAGAAAGGAAACAAUUGGCACACAGCCUCAGCCUCACGGAAACUCAGGUAAAAGUAUGGUUUCAGAACAGAAGGACAAAGUUCAAGCGACAAAAGUUGGAAGAGGAAGGUUCAGACUCACAACAGAAGAAAAAAGGGACUCAUCACAUUAACCGGUGGAGAAUUGCCACGAAACAAGCCAGUCCAGAAGAAAUAGAUGUCACUUCAGACGAUUAAAAACUGGCACUUGGACAUUCAGCCAACCAAACAAAAAAGUGUUAAAAGGAUCACACACAAGAAAGUGGCGUUGCAGGGAAGAUACAUAAAGGCUUCAUCAAAAUGCAAUUCUCGUCUAGGAGGCAGCUGAGAGCGAGCGAGCGAAAGAUCCAAAAUAUGGCACUGCUGGCACAAGUCUGGCAAAGGGGGGAUCUGUCAAUCAAAGCCAAACCACCGAGACAAGGUGAUUGACAGGUAUUCCGUUUCUCGCAGUCCACUUUUAAAAACAAAAUAACGAGAGAGAGAGAGAGAGAGAGAGAAACCCCCCCUAACAGGACAUAUUGCACUUCACGGUUUGUCCAGUCUUUAAAAGAGAAUUCCAUACACAGCCCAGAACCACACCUGUUUCAGAAACUUGAAUUGCAUGUGUAAAAGCCGAGUGGGCAAAACCAGUUCCUAAAGACAGAAAUGGAUUGUCAUUUGUUUCCCCUUUGAGACAGGUUCUGUGUGCUUUUUAAUUUUAUAUUACGAGAAAUGUGCCGUCUGUAAACAUUUUAUGAUAACUUCUGGCGUCAAAGUGAUUGUGAAAGCUAAAUGAAGUAGCAGUAACCAUAGUGUUCCUCCCAAAUGGACAACACGGUGGGAUGGGGUGGGGAUGGGUUUGACUUUUGCUGCAGCGAAAAAAAAUCAUUUAAAAUCUAAUAGUCCCAUUAUGAAGCUUAAUUUUUUGUUUAAAUCCAAUGACCAUGUUUGAUGAGAGGGUCCCUAAUUGGCCAAACUUCCAAACCUGGCAGUAGCCGUGUAGAGGACUCUGUGUAAAGGAUGGGUUCUAAGUGGCCAUCUUCAUUGGAGGCAAGUUUCAAGCACUGAGCUUAUAAUAUUCCAAGAUUAUAGAGCUACUAAAAAAAAGUGACAAAUGUUUCCUUAAUGUCUUCUAUACCAGAAUGUAAAUAUUUUUGUGUUUUGUGUUUAAUUUGUUAGAAUUCUAACACACUAUAUACUUCCAAGAAGUAUGUCAUUGUCAAUAUUUUGUCAAUAAAGAUUUAUCCAUAUGC